UUUUAUAUGAACAAAAAGAGAAAUAUAAAGGAAAGAGCCAAGAAGGAACAGACCCUCAGCGCCAAGGAGCGAUCAAAGAUCCACAGAGAGAGAAAGAAGAAGUACUAUGAAGACCUUGAAAGGAGGGUGCAUGAAUUAGAGGAGGAGAACAGAAAGUUGAAGGCAACAAUACAAAUUUCCUCUAAUGCCUCUCCAACUACCGACCCUUUAGCUCAACUUCAUCGAGAAGAGAACUUCAUGUACUGAGGCUUGCCAAAGGUAAUAUCACAAAACCCAGAGCAGUUCAGGAUGUCUAUGUUUGAGACAUGUAGAGAGUCAGAAGGUCCCAAUGGAUCUUGCAGAGUACAAGUCCUUAAAAACUCUUUCAACAAGAUCAUCAACAACUGAAUGUCACUAAACUACAAGGCUUCUCUUGCAAUAUUGAACCACUUUGAUUCAAAGAAGAUUUUUGAAAUUGCGAGAGAUAAAACCAGGAAUGAUCGAAGUCAGUAUAAAUAUUAUAGAGCUGACUCAAAAGACCAAGGCAUGGCAAAAGAAAGCAGUGAUGGUACCGAUAAUGAAUCUAAUCAUCGAUAUAUUAUCGAAUCAUUGCUUUACAAAUACCCUUUUACUGAAAGAUUGAUUGAACGGUGGAUCAACAUUUCUCCUAAAACAGAGAAAUUCUGAUUCACAAUGAGAAAGUUAGUUAAGUCCCUAAUAAGAGUACGAAACAGAAUGCUUAGAACAAUGAAAGAAGUUCAUGAAGUAUUUUUCGAAUCCAAAAUGUACGAAGGUUUUGAUAAGCAAGAUGUGGCAAACUACUAUUCUCUUUGUAAUGAUUUCAAAGGAACCGAAGUCCUUGAUCCUUUAUAUUUAUUCCAGCUCAACCCUAAAUCCCCAGAUGACGAGGACUACAGAAAUGAUGAAAUCUCCUGCACAGAGAAUUAAUCUCCCUUAUAAAAGGCUUUGAUUCAAUAA